AAACCAACACCAUAGUGUCAGUUGUGGCUUUCACAUUUCGUCACUCUGUUAAAAGUUUAUGUUGUGUGACAAUGUGCUAGAGGGUUAUUUACAGAUGUACAUUUAUAUUUGCAUAGAUGCAUGUAGCGGGCAACAUCAUUCUCAUGGGAGUCCGAGAACUAUUCGCCUCACUUACAUAUAUAACUAUUUUAUUUGACAACUUCGGCGUCUUGUAGGUACACAACCACAUUUGUUUUAAAUAGAAAUACGUUUAUUUUUCACCUGGCAAUUCAAAUGUGUGCUACUCAAAUGACUCAAUAAAUCAUUAAAACCAUUUGGAAUCGAACAGAAUCAAACAAAAACAUAAGUUUGUAAUGGAAAUAAGUCUUCCAGUUUUUCUUUCUAUAUUCAAAGAAACUUUUACUGGCAGAUUAAAAUAAAAUUUGGAAAUGUCGAAAUUAGAUCUUCUUAUGAAUAACGGGCAAGUGUUGAUAAACGUUGGUGGGGAAGUGUUUGUAACCACACGGUCCACACUACUGUCAUUGCCAAACACACUUUUGGCUGACGUCAUCGAUCCUAGAGUACCACUUCACACGGCACUCCAAGACAACCAAGUCCAGUUUCAGGUUGAUGCAGACGUCUCCUUCUUGCCAGACUACAACCAACAUGGCCGUAGCGGCACGAGGCCCAGGGGACGCAAGAGUGUUGACAGAAGUAAAUAUGUCUUUGUUGGGCAGCCUUCACCCCAUGACCCAAGCUCAGGUCAUUUAUCCUCGGAAUGUUUUCAUUCAUCGCAGCUUAAUUCAGCGUCGUUAGAAGGCAAUGUAGGCUCAGCACAACGUCCACAUUCGUUGCAUACGCCCUGGAGACCUGCGGCACCAUCUCCUUUAAACACGUAUAGUACCAGCUGGCCAUACGGACACAUUUCUAAAAGGCCAGCUAGUUUUCAGCUCAAGUCCAGUCACGACAAUAUGGUGUCUUUUGGUCAAACUUCCUCCAAGAAUUACAUACAAACUAUUUUUAUAGACAGAAAUCCAAUACUAGUUCCGUAUAUUCUGGAUGCUUAUCGUUUAGGCGAACUUCACUUACCUUCUAAUGUAUGCAGUUUAUCUAUCCGAGCUGAGUUAGAAUUUUGGAAGAUUCCAGAGGAUUUGAUGAGUGAGUGCUGCUGGAAAAACUUCCAUGAAGGUCUGAAGACCAUGAAAAUCGUCAACUCUAUCUCCAAGUCACUCUACGGCAGGUAUGACGAAGAUGUCUCGGAGGUCAAAAAGUUGUCUUUGAUGGGCAAAAUAUGGCUUGUUAUGGAGACCCCAAGCUACAAUUGGGUUGCUAAGGUUUGGUGCACUAUUUACAACUUGUGUAUACUGACUUCUAUCAUUGUUUUUCUGUUGUUAUCCCUAAAUCAGUUUCGAGAAGUCAAACCAGAAUUUCAAUCUAUCGUGGAGAACAGGACGUCUGGGAACAUCACCAUCAGUGUGAUUGAUAUGAAUGUUUUCUACACCAACAUUUACGUUCUAGCUGCAAUAGAACAUUUCCUGAGAGCUUUCUUUACUCUGGAAUUUCUCAUUCGACUGGUCACGUGCCCGGAGAAAAAGGAGUUUCUAAGGAAUAUCCAUAAUAUUAUGGAUGUGGUCAUCAUACUGUUGAUGUGGAUCAGGUGGACAUUGGAUUAUAUCAUCACACAGCACGCUGACCACUAUAGCAGUGAUCAAAGUUAUUUACUGAUGGUGUUUAAUUCUCUGAUGGGAGUCCGAGUACUUAGCGUCUUUCACCUGACCAAAUACAGUACAGCUUUGAAGGUGAUGUACCUGUCUAUUUACACUGUAAUGAAAGAACUACUUAUGUUGGUGAUGAUCCUUGCAGCAGCAGUCUUGAUAUUUGGCACCUCCAUGUAUGUGGCAGAGAACAUCAGCUCCACUGAUGAUGACAAUCCAGUAUUUGAAAACAUCCCACUAGCCAUGUGGUGGGCAGUUGUCACUAUGACAACAUUAGGGUAUGGUGACUUUGUACCUAAACAUCUAGCUGGCUACCUUGUUGGUGCCAUGUGUGCUAUCACCGGCCUCCUCCUGUUUGCCAUGCCUAUCGCCAUUGUGGCGGCUAACUUCGCCAACUACUACGACAACAUUACAUCUACAGCGCAAGGUCGAAGACGUAAGCUGUUAGUUGAGCGGUUCUCACACUUGUGGAGACGUAGACAGAAGUCUGGUCCAAAAAGCAGCACACUCAAGUCUCCAGACUAUGUUGGAACAAAAGUCAAGGGGCCUCGCUUACAAGUGCCGGGUGACAGCAUUCACCCGACGUGCAACACAAUUUCUGGAACUCUGGACGUUUUCCCAACAACUGAUGCUAGGACAGAACAAAGCUUCUUACCAAAACAGAAGAUGGAAACAUUUUCUAGCACCGGUGUAGAAGUGCCAUCAAAUGUACCAGCAAGAAAUAACACGUAAAUCAAAAUGCAACAUAUUUUGAGAGAAAAUGUAACAGAGAAAUUGUAAAAAAAAAAUUAAUUAAUAAUUAAACCUUUGUUUCUGAAUACGUUUUCUGAAUUGAACAGAUCAUUCAAGACAUUGGUCCCAAAGGAACGUAACGCUGUAGAUUUAUUUCAUAGUUCGAACAAAAAUAUUUUAAAACUGUACAUUGACUGCGUUCUCUUACAUCCCCUGCUUGAUUGAUUGAUUGAUUGAUGAAGUCGUUAAACCAAGUUAAACAUUAUACCAAUUAUUUCCCCUUUAAUUGCGACUUGCUGUUUGACUAUUAUGACAGAGCUUGUUUACUAUAAAAGUGAUCAAAGUUGAGACAGUUUACCAGCUUUAAUAAAACCCGGUAAAAAGAAUCAAAUGCAAAAUCUCUGUUGGUCAUAAUUAAGGGCUUAACAAGGGGUGGGAUUUUCAAAUUUAAGUGCCAUGAGCGUAGUCAAGCAAAACCCCCCUCCAGAAGGUUUUGAGUUUAAAACCCCUUUCAGAGGUUUUGACGUUAAAAUCGACCUCUUCAAUAAUGAAAAAAAUUCACUCCCCAAAAACCCACCCGAAAAUAAUCCUGUUUACUUUGUUAUAAUAAUCAAAUAUUAUAAAUAACUGUUAGGGCAAAGAAUCAAUUCUUCAUAUUAAACAUGAUGACAGUUCUGCAUAAAUGGGCGGCCUAUUUCCAAUCUCUGGUUUGCAGAUGUUACAGACCUCAUUGGAGAAAAUGCAGAUCAGGUACAAGAUCUAACCAUAAAACUGGAUGCUGCAACUAGAGCAGUUGACAAGGAAAUCAGUGCUGAAAAGCGCAAACUACAAGUUAGUGGUGGCGUACGAAAUGUGAGAUAUUGUUGAACGGACAAACAUAAGAAGUUGAUUCAUUUAUUAAGAGAGAAAAACUCGUUUAAACUUGACAUUUGCUGCUAUAAGCAAAAUGUAAAAUCUUGAAUAAUUAAAAACUGUGUUAUUCACUAGUGGUC